GUUCGCUCGCUCUUCCGCCGCCGCGUCUUCUCGCUGGUACGCGUUUCGUUUCGCCUCCCAAUCCUCCCAUCGAUGGCGGCCGAGGCAGGCGUGAAGAAGAUGAUCCUGCUCAAGAGCUCGAAUGGCGAGGGUUUUCAGGUCGAGGAGGCGGUCGCCAUAGAGUCGCAGACCAUCCGCCACAUGAUCGAGGACGACUGCGCCGACAACGGGAUCCCGCUUCCCAACGUCGACUCCAAGAUCCUCGCCAAGGUCAUCGAGUACUGCAAGAAGCACGUCCAGGCCAGCCCCAAUCCGGCUGACUCUAGCGCUGCCGACGCAAACUCCUCCACCUCUACCGCCGCCGCCGCCGAGGACCUCAAGAGCUUUGACGCGGAGUUCGUCAAGGUCGACCAGGCCACCCUCUUCGACCUCAUCCUGGCUGCCAACUACCUCAACAUCAAGGGAUUGCUCGACCUUACUUGUCAGACUGUUGCAGACAUGAUCAAGGGCAAGACCCCGGAGGAGAUCCGCAAGACUUUUAACAUCAAAAAUGACUUCACACCCGAGGAGGAGGCGGAGAUCCGCAGGGAGAACCAGUGGGCUUUUGAGUAGAAAAUAGUAGCAUCGAGGCAAUGUUCGUUGAAGUAAUGCUAGCAGUAUUAAUCUUGUUUUUUUAGACUUUGUAUGUCUACGUUUCAGCACUUCUUUUUUCUAUGUCGUCGUAAUCGCUGUAAUUAUUCCGAAUUCAAAACAUCGUUAUAUUCUGAGUUA